AUGAUGGACGAAGUGGCCGAAGCCCUGGAACAGGCCAGAGAUGUCGUCGAAGGGCCGCGUCGAAAAAAGAGCUCGAUCUGGCAGAUGGAUCCUCAUCUCAUCCAUGAAAGUUCUUCUGUACAAGUGAAGAAUGGUCCUACAGCUUCCUCGGAGGAGCCGCUUGAAGUGACUGUGAGUCGAACAACUGUCGUCUCGCAACCAAACAGCGACGACGAAGACUAUGGUUCUUGGUCUGAUACGGACGUGCUUCGCGCUCGAUCUGGAUCGUGCCGCUCUCGUUUGGCGGGUGGAAGUGAUGACGAGCAGCCUCGGGAAACCAAGCUCACUUACAGAAGAAAACGCGGUGGUCAAUGGAAACGCGUCGAGAAAAUCGACUCUGCAAUUGCUCCCGAUGAGGAUGAACUUGAGGUAAACGUGAAAGAAGAAUGCUCUGGCGAGGCUGGCCAUCUGAUUACAACGACAUACGAUGUGAAAUGGCGGGUGAUGAAGUACGAGAAUUUGCCCGAAUGGCUUCAGGAUAACGAGUUUUUGAGGCAUGGGCAUCGCCCUCCAUUGCCCUCAUUCGCUGAGUGUUUCAAGAGCAUUUGGAGUCUUCACACCGAGACGGGCAAUAUUUGGACGCACUUGAUUGGAUGCGUUGCCUUCUUCCUUCUUGCAAUUUGGUUCCUCACUCGUCCAGAAAAUCACAUCCAAUUCCAGGAGAAAGUAGUCUUCUCGUUCUUUUUUGGUGGUGCCAUUUUGUGUCUUGGCCUCUCAUUUGCUUUUCACACACUUUCUUGUCACUCGGUGAAUGUUGUGAAAAUCUUUUGCAAGCUGGAUUACAUGGGUAUAUCGCUGCUGAUCGUUGGUUCGUUCAUUCCGUGGAUCUACUAUGGUUUUUAUUGUCGACGUGAACCGAAGAUCACUUACAUUGCUAUGGUAACUCUUCUCGGAGCCGCAGCUAUCACUGUGUCAAUGUGGGAUCGAUUCUCGGAGCCUCGCUUCAGACCCUUCAGAGCCGGAGUAUUUGUGGCGAUGGGAUGUUCAGGCGUUAUUCCAACAGUUCACUACAUCAUCACGGACGGCGUGCAAUCACUUUUCAACGAGAAUUCGUUCCACUGGCUUCUGUUGAUGGCCGCUUUGUAUUUGAUUGGUGCUUUGCUAUACGCAACGCGAACUCCAGAACGAUUUUUCCCAGGAAAAUGUGAUAUUUGGUUCCAAUCUCAUCAGCUAUUCCAUACUUGUGUCGUUAUUGCGGCUUUCGUACAUUACUACGGGAUUUCUGAGAUGGCAAUGUCACGAUUGAGUCAGACGUGUCCCAUCGUUCUUCCCGCCAAUCCAAUCCUUCAAUCAAUCAACCCCGAACUC